CCUUCCUCCCCCCUCCCUUCCACCUCCGUUUCCCAGAGCUGAAUCCUCUGAGCCGUAGACUGAGGCUGAGAGCUCCUGGAGGGGCGCAAGUAACUCUAAAGAGAUCCUGCCGUUGCCGAAUGAAGUGUACCUGCCAGAGCUGCCCCAAAGUGCUGGAACCUGGGGGCUCCUGGACUGGAGUGGAAGUAAAUUCUUUGGACUGCUGGGGAGAAGCCUCAGAGACUGUCCACUGUCCUCAGAGCCUAGGUGAGAUCAUCAGACUUCAGCAUGACAGAGAGAACCUGGUGCUGCUCUCUAGGAAUAGUUCAGAAGAGGCUUCCUAUCCUGGGAUGGCUUCCCCACUACUCCCUGAAGUGGUUACAACUGGACAGCAUCGCUGGGUUAACUGUGGGGCUGACUGUUGUGCCCCAGGCUCUGGCCUAUGCUGAGGUGGCUGGGCUACCUGUCCAGUAUGGCCUCUACUCCUCCUUCAUGGGAUGUUUUGUGUAUUUUUUCCUGGGCACCUCCCGGGAUGUGACCUUGGGCCCCACAGCCAUCAUGUCCUUGCUGGUUUCCUUCUACGCCUUACACCAGCCUGUCUAUGCCGUGCUCCUGGCUUUCCUCUCUGGCUGUAUCCAGUUAGCCAUGGGGAUCCUGCACUUGGGGUUCUUGUUGGACUUCAUUUCCUACCCUGUUAUUAAAGGCUUCACGUCAGCUGCUUCGAUCACCAUUGGGUUUGGCCAGAUCAAGAACCUCCUGGGUCUGCAUGACAUCCCUCAGCAGUUUUUCCUUCAGGUGUAUUAUACCUUCCUCAGAGUUGGGCAGACCAGGGUAGGAGAUGCUGUCUUAGGGUUGGUCUGCAUGGUGCUCCUCCUGCUGCUGAAGGUGAUGAAGGACCAGGUGCCACCCCUCCACCAGCAGAUGCCAUGUUGUGUCCAGCUUAGCCACCUGCUGGUCUGGACCAGUGUUCUAGCCCGCAAUGCUCUAGUGAUACUGUUUGCUGGCCUGAUUGCCUACUCCUUCCAGGUGAUGGGAUCUCAGCCAUUCCUUCUGACUGGGAAAACUGCAGAAGGUCUACCUCCAUUCCAGCUUCCUCCCUUCUCUGUGGCCACCCCCAAUGGGACUGUGCCCUUUAACCAAAUAGUGCAGGAUAUGGGUGCUGGGCUGGCUGUGGUGCCCCUAAUGGCCCUGUUGGAAAGCAUCACUAUUGCCAAAACCUUUGCAUCUCAGAACAACUACCACAUUGAUUCCAACCAAGAGCUGCUGGCCAUUGGCCUCACCAAUUUACUGGGCUCCUUUGUUUCCUCCUACCCUGUCACAGGCAGCUUUGGACGGACAGCAGUGAAUGCCCAAACAGGGGUAUGUACUCCAGCAGGAGGACUGGUGACAGGAGUCCUGGUAAUGCUAUCUCUCGCUUACUUGACUCCACUUUUCUACUAUAUUCCCAAGGCUGCUCUGGCGGCUGUCAUCAUUACAGCUGUUGCCCCCCUGUUUGAUGCGAAAAUCUUAUGGACGGUCUGGCGUGUGAAAAGGCUGGAUUUGGUGCCAUUGUGUGUAACUUUCUUGCUCUGUUUUUGGGAAGUGCAGUAUGGCAUCCUGGCUGGGAUCCUGGUGUCUGGAAUACUCAUACUUUACCAUGUAGCCAGACCCCAGAUUCAGGUAUCAAAAGGCCCCGUGCUUAUCCUGCAGCCCAUUAGUGGCCUUCACUUUCCAGCAGUUGAAGCUCUUCGGGAGACUAUAUAUAGCCAGGCUUUCUCAGCAUCACCCCCAUGUUGUACCAUCUUGGACUGUACCCAUGUCAGCAACAUUGAUUAUACAGUGGUGACAGGACUUGGGGAAUUGCUAGAGGAGUUUGGAAAUCGUGGGGCCUCCUUAGUUUUUGUCAAGUUACAGGCUCCUGUUCUUUCUGACCUUCUGUCUGCUGACCUGAAAGGAUUCCAACAUUUCUCCACCCUUGAAGAAGCAGAGAAAUACCUGAGUGAAGAGUGAAUGUCAAUGAAGACUCCACCAGAACCAGAUUGUCCCACUAAUGCUAACCAAUUGGCCUUAUUCUAUGGCAAGAGAUGAUGAAAAGACCUCUCUAUCAGCAUAUGCCAUUGAUCUAGACAGGCAUGAUGAGAUAGUGGAAGAAGCACCAGAAUCUCAGAGUGGAAAGAAAUCUCAGGGUUUAUCUGAUCUAACCUUUACCUGGAGAAGAAUCUGUCCUGGGAUGUACCUGCCAACUAGCCAUCCUGUCUCUGCUUGAAUCUAUUUCCUCCAAAGGCAGCUCAGGACACUUUGGGGACAGCUCUAAUUGUGAAGAAGUUAUUCAAAUAUCAAGCCACAUUUACCUCUUUGCAAUUCUUGCCUAUUGUUUGUAGUUCUGCCCUUUGUAACCAGGCAAGAAAGUCUAAUUCUCUCUUCCUAUGAUAGCGUUUCAAAUAUUGGAAGAUUGUUAUCCCCACCCCCACUCCGAAGUCCUCUCUUCUCCAGGAUAAAUGUCUCUACUUCCUUCCAAACAAAUCUGUAUUCAAUGUGAUCUUGAGGCCUCUCACCAUUCUGUACACUGUCCUCUAGGCACAGCCCAGUCUUUCCUAAAAUGUGGCUUCUCCUCAUCUCUAACUCCGGACUUCCUGGAUUCCUUCAAGUGCCAGCUAAAAUCUUAACUUCUUUAGGAAGUCUUGGGGCAGCUAGGUGAAGCCGUGGA